UAAAAAUAGCAAUAUAUAUGAUACAAUUAGAACUCGCUAAUUGCAUUUAUAUCAUAUGUCUACAAAAAAAUAGAUUUUGUUUAUUAGAAAGACAUUUUGUAACACGACUAAUGUCUGCGUAUUUUGUCAUGUUUGUUAUUUUAUACAAUGUGGAUAAACUGCUCUGUAAUGGGAUGGGAUCCGAAGCCCCAUUGAAGGAUAAUACAGGCUCUCCCAUCCAACUCCUAUUCCGACACGUCCUCGUCGUGCAGAGUGGUAACAUGUGUCACCACAUAUCCAAGCUUGGGUACACGGGCUUGACCCAACCCCUUGGGCGGAUGGUGGCACAUGGCGAACCAGGAGGGGGGUGGGUAUCCCGGGAAACUGGGUGCCUGAACGUCGGGGGGGCAACCCGACGCUAAACAAAACGGUCACGUGGGCGCGGGGCCAGUCACCCAGUCCCAUGAAUCAACGACUACGGAAAGCACCAGGAAUCAUCGAAACGGAACCAACGAUACCGACCCUACGCAAUGCCCCAGGAGCUGGCAGACGAAGGCGCGAGACCGUGAGCGGUUUCGGACACUCCUGAGGCAGGCCAAGACCGCAAAGCGGUUGUAGCGCCGGAUAAGUGGAUAAACUGACUUUUUCUCAUAUUUAUGUGAACAACUCGGAUUUUUUGUAUUCAAUUGAAAAAGCAGACUUGCAAUUGGCGAGGUUUGAAUGUAUUUCACUUGGUCACAUGACAGCUCGCAUAUCUGUCAAGUCAGAAACGUAAACAAACACGGACAACCGCCCGUAAAGAUUGUGUGCAGAAUAAUCGUGAAAUUUUAUGUGAAAUCUCGAGAAAAGGAAAAACAUCAUUUCAUCCCGAAAUUUGGCAACAUUCGUCCGAGUAUGAUCGAGCAGCUGUGUGUGUGUAUGCCGACGAAAUACGACGCCGUUUCUACAACAAUCACUAAAGCCGGUUGUGAUCGUGAUCGGCACAUUCUCAACUGGACCAACCGGUCGUUGUGUAUCUUCAAGCAAACCAACGUUGCCAUACACCACAAAAUAGCAUGGAAAGGAAAGUAUUAUAAAAUAAUGUCAUAUUUGAAAGCAUUCUAAUCUUUCAUUGUUAUUUUUCCACUGCAAACAGGACAUUGGAUCACCGCAUCGACAAGUGGUUUUUAUGUGCAAGUGUUGUUAAGAAGUGUGUUGUACGGUGUAUUAUGUGUUUUACUUUAUUUGUAUCGCUUUGCAAGUGGUACAUUUAGAGCGUUUAAUCGUUGUGCUACUGCUAACAUAAGAUUUAUCCGAGCAUUAGAAGCGGCAACAAUACAUGUGCCUGACGCAGAGACAACAACGCCGUCGGUAUCCGUUGAUACCAUCCAAAGUGAUGGUUGAAAUCGUAUAUAAACGUGUAAAACCAUAUAUUGGGGCAUGUAAGUAUUGAAUAAUAGUUAAAUAAAAUACAUUUUAUCAUUGUACUGGACAAUGUGCAUCGAAAUUUAAAAAAAGUGUGUGUGUUUUUGUUUACAUCCGAAUACAGAACCCACAACGCUAUACUGUGGUUCGAGCACUCGCUAAGUAACGCUUGAGCUUUGAGCUUUCAUUGAGCUUACAUAGAAUGUUACACGCUACCUGUUCACUAAGGACUGCUAUCGAGCAGUGUUAUGAGCAGGUAGCGAUACAAAAAUCGCGAAACGUAACGCUCCAAUGCUAUUUGGGUUAGUGCAGUAGGCAUCGACUACCUGGAACCAAUAGAGGUGGUCAACGCAAGACGGCGAGAAAAACGGUACGUUGCUGUGUUUACUUGCCUCGUUACACAAGCAUUGCAUCUAGAAGUCGCACACAGCUUGUUGUGGGCAGCCGUGCCGACCCCUGGACUUGCCGUGGUAGUUGUGCUACCACUGGUCAAUGUCCAGGAGACGACAGUGUGUCACGCACACUGUCGUACGCACACUAAGCGCGGGCCGCUUAGUGUGUGUUGUGCGCUCGGACAACCAGGUGUUGCGAGCAGCCGGUCGAGCAGGGCUCCCGGCAGGGCACGGUACGGCUGGCGCGCGGCCGAGUAUUUUAAUGUGUAUUGUGCUUAUGAGUUUAUACUUAUUAUGUGUACUGUAAUUUUGUAUGUAAUAAAGUACCUGAGAGCAAGCUAAAGACACAACACAGCUUGUCUACAGUAGCGUGCAUCAUGGCAAUUCGUCGGUUUGUGAGUCGAAGGGGUCCUCCUACCGAAAUAUUUUCCGAUAACGGCACGAAUUUCGUCGGCGCUAACAACGAGCUACAAAAACAAAUAGCAGACAAUAAGUACUCCUUAGCCGACACCUUCACCGACGCACACACUACGUGGCGAUUCAAUCCACCUUCAGCACCGCACAUGGGCGGAGUAUGGGAGCGAAUGGUGAGGAGUGUCAAAGAAGCAUUGAAUGCGUUUGACGAUAGGGGAAAAUUAAAUGACGAAAUUCUACUCACAGUUCUUGCAGACUCAGAGAGCCUGAUUAAUUCGCGCCCCCUCACAUACAUGCCACAAACGCUCUCCAACUCGGAAGCAUUAACACCAAACCAUUUCCUUUUAGGAUCGUCGGUAGCAAGAAAGGAGAUGGUAACCAAUGUACCACACCCGGCGGAAGCUCUAAGGAACAGCUAUUGCCGAGCUACAGAACUCACCAGCCACUUUUGGGACAGAUGGUUCAAAGAGUACGUCCCGACUCUUCAUGGGCGAGCCAAGUGGCAAAAAGAAGGCGAACAGUUGAAAGUGGGCGCGUUGGUCUUCGUGACGGAAGGAGCUCGAAAGGAAUGGCCACGAGCUGUUGUAGAAAAAGUGUUUCCUGGAUGUGACGGUAGAGUCAGGCAGGCGAUGGUGAGAACAGCGCACGGGAAAAUGUUAAAACGCCCGGUCGUAAAACUAGCGAGGAUCGAUGCAGAAAUUGAUAGAGAGGAAGAAAUUGAUGAUGCAAAGGCUGAUAGUGGGAACGGCAAAACACAGUACUUUGAUUGUCGCGUCUUUAUCAACUGGUGAAUCCAAACCGCAUGGAUUCACGUGGGGGGGAAUGUUGACACGCCAAAAUAUAAACAGUACAAAGGUUGGGACAAACAGAGGUGCGUUAAUCGAUCUGAGCGCAAUCGAUCACCAGUGCUAUAAAACGCGAGCAGGAUAGACGAUGGGGCGAGAGAGAGAGAACAGUCGUUCUAAUCGUUCGUGUCGUGCGACCUUUUACAUGUUAAUUAUGUUACUUAAGACUAAGCUUGACAAAUGAAUGACCGAAAUGUGACUCAGUGGCGGAUUUAGGGUGUUGGGGGCCCAAAGCGUUAAAAGGAGUGGAGGGCCCCCGGUUGGCGUCGAGCGGGGGGGGGGGAGGAUUGUUGCAUUAGGUUUUGAAUCAAACACACUUCAAUGGUUUGCUGGCGAGGGGGGGGGGGGUGUGCUCAGAAUCCCUGUACUGGGCCCCUAUAGUUUAUGAGUCCCUUCAUCCAUGGGGCCCCUAACUAGCACAGAAACUCUUGCUGAGACUACUGUACACAUUGGUCUAUAUGCUGGACUUCCUUACACGGGGCCCCUACAUUGAUGGGGCCCCCGCGGCCGCUCAAUCCGCGCACCGUUAAAUCCGCCACUGAUGUGACUAUGAUAUAAUGAAUGAAUGUAAAUGAAUUCGCUUCAAGUGGGCCACUCGCGGUCCGUUGAAUUUUAAUUAAUAAAUAACAAACAACAAAUGUAUUUUCUGGCAGCACUGCCGAUCGACAAUUUCUUUGAUCAAGUAUGUGUGCGAAUAAAACGGCACUAGCGCAUGAAACUCGAUACGAGCCGGACGUGUUCUUAACUUUGUCUCCUUUGGCGAUCAACGACGACACAACAAAAAACAACGUAGGGCGUAGGGGCGUCAAGGGGGAAAGGAACCAACAAACCAUGUUCCAGAACGCAACAUUGGUGCCGUGACUAGGAUGGUCUAAUACUUGCGGUUUGGUUUGACUGGUUAAAGUGAAGAACUUUAUCGAGCGUUGGUGGAUUUCUGAAUAAGAAAAAAUCGCGAAAGCGUGCGAAAUCAUUGUGCUAGUGGGUGUUCUUUGCGUGUGUAUGCAUUUUGUGUCACGUAUUAGAAAUGUUGGUUAGUGAAAAUUUUGCCGGUUUCUCUGACGCGUCGGGUUCGAACAAUACAAUGCAACACACACAAGCAGAAGAACUGGAUAUGAUUAUCCUAAAGCGCGAGCGAGACCGAGUCGUGCAAUCGUUGACAAGAAUCGACACGUUUUUGGCGCAGUACAAAGAGAGUGAUUUCCCAGAAUUGACGCCUCGUCUCGAUCUAUUGAACGAGCGUUGGGGCGAGUUUCAGGUUUUGGCUCGAAAUAUUCGCCCAAAAGAUGACAGUGAAGAUAACGAUGUGCUUUAUGGUGAGAUCGAAGACAAAGUCAUGCUAUUGAAAGGAAAAUUAUUGAGAAAGCUGCGGGCUGGAGCGGAGAUACCGAGUGUGAAACAGGAACGCGUGUGCGAUGAUUAUAAUAGUGUUCGUUUGCCUCAGUUGAAAACUCAGUUCCGGAAAAUAUGACGAAUGGCUCCCGUAUCACGACAUGUUUGUUGUUACUGUUCAUGAGAAUGAGAAAUUGUCGCAGGUUGAAAAGAUGCUUUAUUUGAAGGAUUCUCUGAAAGGUGAAGCGCUGAAAGUGAUGGAUACUUUGCAAGCCUGCAAUGCGAAUUAUGACGUGGCUUGGGAUGCUUUGAAAAAGCGAUAUUCUAACGAAUAUAUUUUGAAAAAGCGUCAUGUUAACGCGAUGCUACAAUGGCCACGGAUGAAAGUCAUGAACACGGUGGGUAUUCAUGGACUUAUCGAUUAUUUCGAAAGGAACUUAAAAAUGCUAAAGCAGUUAGGUGAAGUGACCGAACAGUGGGGAUGUUUGAUUAUUCAGAUAAUCAUUUCAAAGUUGGACGAAAGCACCCAACAAAAGUGGGAAAGGCACGUUGAAGAAAGUGAGCAAAAAACGGUGACGGAUUUGUUAAACUUUUUGCGCACACAGACGCGCAUAAUGGACGCGUUUGCUGUGGAUAGGCCAAUGGCAGCUGGCAAAUCUACAGGUGAACGUCGUGUUGCGUCGAAUGUGGCUGCAGAAGCAAAGUGCGCAAAAUGUGAUGGAUCGCACAUGGUGGAAAAUUGUGACUCGUUUCGUAGUUUAACGUUACCGCGUCGUCGUGAAGUGGUUGAAGUUAAGAAGCUUUGCCUCAAUUGUUAAAGGCAAGGGCAUUUUCAAGCAAAGUGUUGGUCACGUGCGCGAUGCAAUAUUUGCAAUCGUAAGCAUCACUCCCUUCUGCAUGGUGAAAGCGUAAGUGAAACGAUCGGUCCGUCGGUUCGUGAAGAAAUUCCAUCUACCAGUAGCACGCAAAAUGUGGUGGUGAACGCAUCAUCGAACAGAGAGUGCACUUCUGUGUUAUUGUCAACGGCGAUAGUGAGUGUGCGUGCAUGUGGUAACAAAUGGUUGUCGGCAAGAGCAUUGAUCGAUAGUGGGUCUCAAGUGAAUCUGAUGACAAAGGGCUUGGCUGCGCGGCUUAAUUUACCGCAGUACGAAAGUAAAACGGCAUUAUAGGGAGUUGGACAUUCUUUAGUGGACAUAACGACGUCGGUAACGACUGUCAUACGUUCCAACAGUUGUAACUAUCAAGAACGUAUGCAGUUUCUAGUGUUGCCGAGAAUUCAUAGCUACAGGACGGUAACUGGAAACCAAAUUAGCAGGCAGAAUCUCCCGAUGAAUUUUGUGCUCGCGGAUCCUAAUUUCGAUAGUGAUGCUGAAGUGGAUUUAUUGUUGGGCUCCAAAUUUUACGCGACUUUUUUGAAACCGGACAACCGUGGUAAAAUUAGGCUCGAGCUACCAGCGCUCCCAACAUUUAUUAGCACUGUUUUUGGAUGGGUUGCAACUGGGAAAGUUCCGCUGGCUUCUGAAGGUAACAAUUAUGUUUGUUCAGGCACAGCCCUGUCACUUCAUAUCGUGCUUAACGAAACACGAACAUUCUUCGUUCAAUUUCGAGUGUUCGGCUCGAUCGAGUAGUUUAUAAAUAACAGUGUAUGUCGCGAAUAAACUCUCUCUUCCAAUUUUGCUGCACAACGAAUAACUGCUGGUAAAUCUUAAAGGUUUGAAGGUUACACCGAAAUGCGGAAAAUAAAUUAUCCGAAAUAGUGAGAUUAAACAUUGGUGCCGUGACCAGGAUUAAGACGAACCUGGUUUUCUAAAUCUUAAUUAUUCUCGCGAUAAUCACUGUUUGCGCGCGUGUAACUGUGCUUUAGUCGCCUCACAAUCGACCAAGCUCAUUGUGUACGCAAAAUCUAGCACCUUUUUCCUGCAAGAACUGCAUUAUGCCCGUCCAAGUUGCUGGUUUAUCGUCCAGAAGGACAGUGUUACUCGCGGUAUUGGCCAGUCACGAAAGGUUUCUGAGUUUCUUUUUCCCAGAACGGGAUGCAAUCGAAAUAGACAUUCGCAUUGCAAAGCUCAAACUACUUUCCACCGAGCUGGAAACAAUUCAGUCGAAAUUAGAAGAUGCAGCAAUAUCAAACGAAGAGCAGAUCGCCCAAAAUGCAGCUUUACGCGAAGAUUUUGAGCCUCGUUUGAUUCGUGUUGAGGCCUUGUUGAAGGCAAAACGAUGCAUUCAACUAAAUGCAAACACUCCGCAAAUCACAAGCAUCAAGCCUUUGGGAGGGUUACAGCUGCCCACCAUCGCGCUUCCCAAAUUAUGUGGUAGCUACACUAAUACAAACAGAGCCACAGCGACACCUUGCGGAAAAGAAACAAGCUACCAACAUAAACCCGCAAAACACACACUCACAUACACACCGCAAUCCACCAGCACAUUUGCCACUGCACCAACGCCAGCUGCGUCAAAUGCUCCUGCGUGGAAAGCACAAAACACCGGUACAUUUUCCACUGCACCGACGUCAGCUGCGCAAAAUGUUCCCGCGUGUUGCACAUACAGCAUCGGUUCAUUUUCCACUGCGAUCAAGCCAGCUGCGCAAAAUGCUCCGGUGACACACACACAACACACUAACGAUCACACGGCAAGCACACAAAGAAGCGACAAUACAGCUCUAAGACAAACUCCCGAAAAGGUUAUGUCUCAAACUGCAGUUGCGAACACUAGCGAUGUACAUGCUAUUGUGCAUCCUACACUAUUGGAUGUUGCAUCCCAGCCUAACCUGAUGAGCAAUCGAUUCUCUCAAAGGUUAAGAAUCAAACCGAGUGUAGUCAGCAUCACUCAGAUUGGCGUGGUACAAUUUUCUACUCCGGUGCGAAAAACGGUGCGUGCGAAGAUUGUCCCCUCUUUCGAGCUGCAUGCUGAUUUGCUGAUUGGCGACCAAUUGAUACACGAUUUGCCAGCAUUUGCUAUGCCAUGGGCAGCAUACAUGGUAUCACGACAAGAAGUCAUAAACAUCGGAAACCACCUGCGAAAUUAUCUGCUUACCUACGAAGCAAAGCAUCCAGUCUUGCCUCCUGAAAGCCAGCCUGAAGCUUCGUCAGCGAUCAUUGCUGUCGACGGCACUUCUUGCGAUGUCCGCGAGAUCACCUUUACUCAGCUGCGCACGAGCAUAUUCUGGAAUUUGCAACUGAUGGUGCAGCGCUUCCAGCAAAGGUGUUUGUUUCAGUCGACGCCUACAAAAAUGCAACGCGGUAAUUCGAAUGGUACGAUAACAACUUACGCGCUAAACGUUUCAUCCCGAGGAUCGGUUCCUCUAAUCGAUUCCUCUACCCGCUGGCCUCUUGAGCGCUUCAGCCGUGCUCACGCCUGCGACAGUAAGCUGGCAUGAGUAGUAUUGCUGCACACACAACGAAAUGUAAUUUGUAUUUUCACUGCAGAAAGACGAGAGCACAUACAUCUAAUUUCCGUUUAUUUUGAUUGUUUUUGUUUGGUUUGUUGACUUGCGUCAAGGGGGGAGGAUGUUCAGGCACAGCCCUGUCACUUCAUAUCGUGCUUAACGAAACACGAACAUUCUUCGUUCAAUUUCGAGUGUUCGGCUCGAUCGAGUAGUUUAUAAAUAACAGUGUAUGUCGCGAAUAAACUCUCUCUUCCAAUUUUGCUGCACAACGAAUAACUGCUGGUAAAUAUUAAAGGUUUGAAGGUUACACCGAAACGCGGAAAAUAAAUUAUCCGAAAUAGUGAGAUUAAACAAUGUUACUUGUGGCACGUUUACUAGAUUGGACGAUGUAAUUGAGCGGUUUGGGGUUAUCGAGGAAAUACGUGAGCCGCUGCAGCAUAGUCAGGAAGAAAAGGAUUGCGAGGCACAUUUUGUGCAAACUCAUCAGCGGGAUAGUGAAGGGAGAUAUAUAGUGAAGCUGCCGUUGAAGUGUAAUUUACAGAACCAAUUGGGACCGUCUGGUGCGAUAGCGAGAAAACGGUUCUUGCAGUUAGAACGACUGUAGUGAACUAGGAUGUAAUGAAUUUACUGCAGAUAAUUAUAGCGGAUGUCAUACUAAUAAUUGUGUCUUUGCUAUUCUAAUCUAAUUCUAAUUUGCUAAGUCUAAUAGUGUCGGGUGUCGAACCUAUGCUACACCUCCCCCGUUUUUGUGAAUAACGUAAGAUUGAGUGAAUGAGCGAAAGA